ACAAGCGUGCAAAGCUGCGCUCAUUCCUCCUUCUCGUGUGGUUGAAGACACGCACUCUGUGAAAGGUGGAACUAACUUUUACCUCCCAGAGAAGAGUUUAACAACAGCCGGGAUAUAAUUCUGGUCUAAAGAGUCACGAAGAUCGAUAACCAUGUCUGCCUCAUCGGCGAAAGUCAGCAGGAAGGAGAAUUCAAAUCACGACGGAGCGGACGAGACCUCUGAAAAAGAGCAACAGGAAGCAAUCGAACACAUCGAUGAAGUACAGAAUGAAAUUGACAGACUGAACGAACAGGCAAGUGAAGAAAUUUUAAAAGUAGAGCAGAAGUACAACAAAUUACGCCAGCCAUUCUUUCAGAAGAGAUCAGAACUCAUCGCCAAAAUCCCCAACUUCUGGGUCACAACAUUCGUCAACCAUCCACAAGUUUCAGCACUUCUGGGGGAGGAGGAUGAAGAAGCUCUUCAUUACUUGUCAAGGGUGGAGGUCACUGAGUUUGAGGACAUAAAGUCUGGAUACAGAAUAGAUUUUUAUUUUGACGAGAACCCGUACUUUGAGAACAAAGCCCUCUCCAAAGAGUUCAACGUAAACGAGAGCGGGGAUCCUGUCUCCAAAUCUUCUGAAAUCAAAUGGAAAGCCGGAAAGGACCUGACAAAGCGUACGGGCCAGACGCCGAACAAAGCUGGAAAGAAGCGGCAGCACGAGGAGCCCGAGAGCUUCUUCACCUGGUUCACCGAUCACUCUGACGCAGGAGCCGACGAGCUGGGGGAAGUUAUCAAAGACGACAUCUGGCCCAACCCGCUGCAGUACUACCUGGUCCCUGACAUGGAAGAUGAGGAAGGAGAUGGCGAUGAUGAUGAUGAUGAAGAGGAGGGUCUGGAAGACAUCGAUGAGGGAGAAGAAGAGGAAGGUGAAGAUGAAGAUGAGGAUGGAGACGGAGAAGAUGGAGAGGAUGACGGCGAGGACGACUGAUCGUCUCGGCUCACACCCUUUCCCCGUUCUCCCUCCGUGAUCAUCCUACAAAAAACCUCGGGAGCAAAAUAUUUUGUUUGUUUUUUUGGGGAGGGGUGGGAUUUGUAAAAAACUAUUUCCUGUGUGUCGUCAGCAUGUCCACCCUUGUCCUCUGCGGCCCCGGCGUCUCCAUGACGACCGGCUACAAACACAGCGGGUCACCAUCAGGAGCGGCGGGGUCCCAGGAUGGCGGGGGUGGCCCUCCGAGUCUCACCUGUCAUUGUUUCCCUACAUCUCCCAAAGACAUGCAAAAGAAUAAAAAAAAUUUGUAGCAUUCUGCACGUCAUCCUACGUAGAUUUAAAAUACGUACAAUAGCAAUUUCUAUGUAAAAUAUGAAUUCUGUUGAAGUUGUGAGUUCAAUAAAUAAGCCAUGGUGCAGUGAUAACUUAAUCAUAGCAUCCUUAGCCACUUUUCUAUAUAUAAAUGUAUAUUAUAUUCUAUCAGUGGUGGGGAGACGGCUUAUUCUUAGAAGUUGCAUUUUCCUUUGUGACUUAUUGUACUAAUGGAACUGAUUGAAAGCACCAGCUCGUUCCUUUCAACCAUUGUAAAUGUUUUUGGGAUUUUCAUGUAUCUUUGGUGGGACGGUUGUUAUUGUACACAGUUUAACGGGGAGGUGCGGCGCAGCGGCGAAGGCGGGGCUUCAACGACAACAACAACUCUGGGCGUCUUGUUUAAGAAUUUUUCGUUUUUCAAGCACCCACAACAAACAUUUGAAUUGUACAUUUUUUUAUAUAAACAACCUAAAAUUUUGAGCUUGGCUUAACAUUUUGAAGAUGAUAAGGUUUCUGUGGAGUCCCUCUCCGUGGAGUCUGCAGCGUUUUCUCCUGUUCUGCUGGAAACCUGUUCACAUUAAAUUAAGUGUACCAGUUGCUUUGUUACAAUAAAUAAAUGUAAACAUGAUUUUUGGAGUAGUUUGAUCACAUUUGGGCAUUUUACUACGCUGUGUUUUUUCCAAAUUCUUAAAGAAGUCAGGCAACGAUAAUGCACAGUCAGCAAUCAUGGAGGUUUGAGGUCAAAAUGUAAAAAUCUGACUCCAAGGUCCCGUUAGGACAGCUGGAUGCUGAUUGGUCCAUGCUCCCUCUAACACCAGCUGCCGUGGGGUCAAAUGAUCACACUAAGGUUUGUUGUAAAGCGUUUUCUCAGCACUACUGGUUCUCCGAUGUGACCGUUGUUCAUUCUUACAGUUCCGAUUUGUCAUGUUAAUACUCCAGACUUUGUUGCCAGUGAGUUUUAAAAUAAACAGUUUGGGCUUA